GCCAGGGACACAGAUGGCAGCGCGAACAAGAGGAGUAUCUAACGGGACAUGCUGACAGACUGAAAUCUAUUACAUUUCUGACUGCUGGUGUGACAGUGUGAGGUGUCACCAUGCCUCUGGUGAAGAGGAACAUCGACCCACGCCACCUGUGCCAGGGGGCGUUGCCAGAGGGCGUUGGCAGUGAGCUGGAGUGUGUGAUGAACAACACCCUCUCCUCCAUCAUCCGCCAGCUCAGCAGCCUGAGUAAACAUGCGGAGGACAUCUUUGGGGAGCUGUUCAAUGAGGCCAACACGUUCUACCUGAGAGCCAACUCCCUGCAGGACCGCAUCGACCGCCUGGCCGUCAAGGUCACCCAGCUGGACUCCACCGUGGAGGAAGUCUCUCUGCAGGACAUCAACAUGAAGAAGGCAUUUAAGAGCAGUACCGCCCAGGACCAGCAGGUGGUGUCCACGAGGAGCAUUCCCAUCCCUGUCAAGGAGAUGUACAACCUGAGUAACAAACCUCCACCUCUCAACAUCCUCUCCAAAUAUAGGGACGAUCACAAGGAGGGGCUGAAGUUCUACACUGACCCCUCCUACUUCUUCGACCUGUGGAGAGAGAAGAUGCUGCAGGACACGGAGGACAAGAGGAAAGAGAAGAGGAAGAACAAAGAGCAGAAGCGUUGUGUGGACGGGACGUUGCAGAGGGAGGUGAAGAAGGUGCGUAAGGCUCGGAACCGUCGUCAGGAGUGGAAUAUGUUGUCCCUGGAUAAGGAGCUGAGGCCCGACCACCGCCACACACACUCCCUCCACCAGGGAUUCACCUGCGAGGGAUCACUGUCCCCUGAGAUGAGGGGUCUUGGGCCUGACCACCACCAACGCCACUACCCUAACUCAACCAAUCAUGCUGGUCACGCCCACACGUACUCCGGCCCACCCCCCAGUCUCCUGGCUGCUCAGCUGGCUGCUCAGGGAAACGUCACUCUGGAUCAUGUCUACAGGGGAGGGACCCUGGGUCGCUCCCACAAUGCGCCACCCUCUCUCCCUCCCAUUGAGAACAUGAAUGGAUCCAUGUCUCUACCACCUGUGGACUACAGUGUGAUGGGGGGACAUGGAAACGGAUCUCCUCCACCUGCUCCUCUCAUGCCAUCUGCACAAUCUGCCUUUGCCACGCCCCCCGGAGGCCCACUUCCUCCUCCAGGACUAAUGGGAUCAGCUGGUGUCUAUGCCCCGCCCCCACUGCCACUCGCUGGGUCGCUGGUGGCUCCAACUCCCCCGAUGCCUCCGCCCCCCCCUCCAGGCUCCUCCUACUCUACCACUCCCAAGAUGUCCUCCGUGCCCCACAACACCCAGCCUGUUAAUGAUGCUCGUAGUGAUUUGCUGGCUGCCAUACGCAUGGGUAUCCAGUUGAAGAAGGGUCAGGAGCAGCAGGAGCAGCAGGCUAAGCGGGAGCCUGUAGGGAACGACGUGGCCACCAUCCUGUCCAGACGCAUCGCCGUCGAAUAUUCAGACUCCGAGGAUGACUCAGAGCUGGAGGAGAACGACUGGUCCGACUAACAUACACACACACACAUCACUCUCUCACUCACUCACUCAAAAGCUGAAAAGCACAUGUGCACGUUCACAUCCACAAAAAAACGAAACAACUAAAAUGUACACUGAGUAUACCAAACAUUAAGAACACCUUCCUAAUAUCCAGUUGCACCCC